AUGGGUGCUGUUAAUUCCAUGGACCAGUUCCACACUUUCUUCGGCUUCGACCCGCAAACCGGUGCCGACAAGACUGGUAUCGUCUUCGGAAUCUACACUGUCGGUCAGGUAUGCGCGUUCUUCCCCUGCGUCUACUUCCCGGACAAUAUUGGACGGCGGUACACCAUGUUUGGCGCCAAUCUGCUCCUAAUCGCCGGCGCGCUCAUUGCCGGCCUCUCGCGCAACAUGUCCAUGUUCCUGUUUGGCCGCUUCCUCGUCGGUGUCGGGUGCACGACUGCGGGUCUCGCCGCCAAGACGUACCUGUCCGAAGUGACGUCUCCGUGGAACCGAGGUCGCUGGAUGGGUCUGCUGAACUCUUUCUAUUACAGUAAGUUGUCCUUUCCCCCUAGGGAGCAAGCUGACGCCACAGUCGGUCAGAUCCUCGCCUCGGGCGUAUCGAUCCCCCUCGGUCGGCUCACGAGCAAUUACUCGUGGCGCAUCCCUCUGAUUUUGCAGUGCGCUCUCGGCGUGAUCAACGUCGCCUUUGUGCUGUUCCUCCCCGAGUCCCCGCGCUGGCUCUACGCAAAGGGCAACGGGCAGGAUGCAGUUCGCCUCCUGGCCCACCUGCAUUCUCGGGACAACGACGUCGACUCACCCCUCGUCCGGCUCGAACUCGCCGAGAUCGAAGAGUCCAUCUCGCUCCAGGGUGCAGAUAAGCGGUGGUGGGACUUCCGGCCCGUGUUCAAGACGCGUGCGGCGCGGUACCGUUUCGGUCUGGGUCUCAUUGUGGCUGUCUGGGGCCAGCUCUCGGGUAACGGGCUCAUCACGUACUUCCUCCCCAUGCUUCUCAAGGCGGCAGGCAUCACGAGCCCCGACCGCCAGCGCGUGCUCAACUUUGUCAACUCGGUAACCUCUUUUGCCGGCGCGCUGCUCGGUACCAGCAUGGUCGACUACAUGGGCCGACGGUUCCUCAUGCUCUUUGCCGAGAUCUCGUGCGCGUGUGGCAUGUUCAUCGUCGCCGGGCUGUUGUCGGAUGCGGGGCCGCAGAACCAAACGCGCGCCAAUGCAGGCAUCUCAUUCAUCUCCUAUCUCAUCUUUGGAUGCUUCGAUGUUAUCGGUGUCGUCGUCAUCUGGCUCUUCGUGGUUGAGACGAAGCAACUUUCGCUCGAGGAGCUCGACGAUGUCUUUGCGUCUGGAUCGCCGAAGGCUAUGGCUGCGGCCCUCCACAGACGUGCGAAGAAGGCGGCUAAGGAGCGCCAGCAUGCAGCGUAG